UACACAGGGGGAGGAGAGGGAGGGAGCUGUGUGUGUGGUUUCUGGCUCUUCCAGGAAGAGGAUGUACAGUAUCAGUAGUAACAAGACUCAUACACUGGACUGGCAUUAUAUCUGACGGUGCUUUGCAUCACGGAAUUGUUUCACAAGAUGGACAAAGCAAGUGACAACAGUCAGGAACUUGGGUCUUCAUCUUCUGAACAUUACCAAGUGGACAACUUGUUGAUAGAGCCUUCUAGUAUCUGUAGCAAUCUGCAAGGUAUUCCUUACCAAAAGCUUACAGACCUAAAGUUUAUUAACAAGGGAGCUUAUGGGACAGUAUGCAGAGCCUUUAGUUCUGACUGGAGGAUACCUGUGGCUGUGAAGUUCUUCCCAACAGAGCGCCAUCUAGUGGACAGAGAAAGAAACAAGAUUUUAAAAGAAGCAGAAAUAUUGCACAAAGCCAGAUUUAGCUAUAUUCUUCCGAUUCUGGGAAUUUGUAAUGAGGGGAUUCAUCUUGGUAUCGUAACAGAGUAUAUGACUAGUGGAUCAUUAAGCCAACUGCUGCAUGAGGACAACCCUUUGCCAGAGAUUGUGUGGCCUUUAAGGUUUCGUAUUCUAUAUGAGAUUGCUUUAGGGGUAAAUUUUCUACAUAAUAUGACCCCGCCAUUGCUGCAUCAUGACUUGAAAACGCCAAAUAUUUUGCUAGACAACGAAUUCCACGCUAAGAUCGCUGAUUUUGGCCUUUCAAAAUGGCGCAUGUUGUCACAAUCUCUCAGUGAUCACAAAACACCAGGGGGAACUAUUAUCUACAUGCCCCCUGAGGUAUAUGAACCGAACAUUAAAAACAGUAGAGGAAGUGUUAAACACGAUAUGUACAGCUUUGCCAUUAUUAUGUGGGAAGUUCUAUCAAGAAAACAGCCGUAUGAAGGAGCCACAAAUCCGAUACAGAUCAUGUUCAGUGUGGUGAAUGGGAACAGACCGGACACUAGUGAAGAAAGCCUGCCCUCGGACAUUCCCCAUCGGGACUUGUUUAUGUCAUUAAUGAAGAGUGGGUGGGCCAGCGAUCCCGACGAUAGACCAGCUUUUCUAAAGUGUUUGCUGGAUCUGGAACCAGUGAUCAAUAAGUAUGAUGACAUUUCAAUACUUGAAGGGAUUCUAGAAAUUAAGAAAACAAGAAGCAAUAUUCCCUACAUCCCCUCUCCAAGAUCACCCUUGCCAGAUGAGGAAAGAUCCCCAAAUAUUGAUGUACAUGAAAAAGCAAGCUACAUCAGCUCAAGUUCUUCUGGUUCUUUUGACAAAGAAGAUUCCCACCAAGGAGAAGACAGAUGCAGAGGAACACAAGUUUGGACAGGUAAAGAAAGCUCGGUAUACACACCAUGCUGGCCACCGAGUCCAGACAGGAGAGGAUCAGAUGAAACCGUGGGGUUUCCCCCUAGCAUGUCUCCCGUGCAAGAGUCGUCAUCUUCAGUGCUGCAGUGGGUUCAGGGCAAGAGAAAUCAAAUUGUAAAUCAAAUGACGGAAGCGUGCCUGAACCAGUGCCUCGAUGGUCUCAUUUCACGCAGCGUCAUAUGCAAGGAAGACUAUGAAUUGGUAAAGUCAAUGCGUACAAGGAGCGACAGAGUCAGACAACUUAUUGACACAUGUGACUUGCAAGGAGAGUUUUUUGCCAGGAUUAUUGUUCAAAAACUGAAAGACAACAGGCAACAAGACCUUCAGCCUUUUCCAGACAUAUGACUGAAUGAUCAGCCAUCUUUUCCGUUUUAUGACUUGUGACAAAGAGCUUAAUUCAUGUUUGUACACAGCGGCCGAUGUUCACACAACGGAGCGAUUAUCGGCAGACUGCGCAAUCACAGUGUGUAUCCACUAAGGUGCCGCUGCGAUCCCGCUCACAAUAAGGAUUUCAUGGAAAAGUGAUUGAUGGGAAAUGACUCUGGGGGUGAUAGCGGGAGUUUACAGGGAGUGGUUGGGAAAACGCAUGGGUGUCAUGUCCAUUUUUAGGGCGUGUAUCUGUCAUUAACUGUGAGCUUGUGUGUACAAAAACAUGGUGACUGUGCCGCUACUGCUGUCUCAAGUCUGCGUAGCCAUAGACCAACCUUUUGAUCCGAUGUUCCUCAUUAUUACAUAUAGUCGGCGACUGUGUGCGCAAUUGCCAAUGAGUUUGCGAUGGCUCCAGUGGGCAUCUCUGUUCAUUUCUGGCCGGCAGCUUCACUUACCGUAACCUAGAAAAUCGCAAUUACAUUUGCGUACAAACAUGAAUUAGGACCAAAAUGCCAUCCAUUUGUAUUCGCAUACUUUAUCCGCUAGCAAAGAGAAAGUAAAGGCACUAAAUGACAUUUACGUUCAGAUUAAGCGCCAUCCCAAUAUUACACGCGAGCUGAAAGCAAUUAUUUAUAUAAUAACACAUGGCUUUGUGUCCUGAGACACUAACAAACUUUUGACUAUACUAACAAAGUAAUAUGGACUUACUGGAUAUUAAUCUACCUUUGACCAUACUAAUAAUAUGGAUACAUUGGGGUAAAUUUACCAAGGUGGGAGUAAUUUUUAGAACUGGUGAUGUUGCUCAUAGCACCCAAUCAGAUUCUACUUCUCAUUUAUCUAGCACCUUCUAGAAGAUAAUAUCUGGAAUCUGAUUGGUUGCUGUGGGCAACAUCUCAUCUUAAAUAGAACUCCCAUCUUAGUAAAUUGACCCCACUGGGGCAAAUUUACUAAGGUGGGAGUUUAUUAGAACUGGUGAUGUUGCCCAUAGCAACUAGUCAGAUUCUAUCUAUCUUCUAGAAGCAGCUAGAUAAAUGUUAAGUAGAAUCUGAUUGAUUGGUUGCUAUGAGCAACAUCACCAGUUCUAAAAAAUACUCCCACCUUAGUAAAUUUACCCCAUUGGAUCAGUGACUUAUCCAGUUCUUUGUUUGUAUAUAUAAGAAAAGUGACUGCAUGCUAAACUGCUUACUGAAGCACGUGCUUGUGGUGAUCAGGUAUUUCAGUCACGGCUCAAACAAGUCAGCAUUAUACUGUAACUCAGAUAAAUACAGACUGAGCCAUAUAUUGGAGUACAGGUUGAGUCAGAGGCGUCACUCACCUCUUGGACACCCGGUGCGGCGGCAAAAGAGGGGGCGGGGCUUCACGAGAAGGGGCGGGGCUUCACGGGCUGGCAUCCGUUUUCACUGCUUGAAUGACUGGAAAGGGGCGGUGCUUUCUGAGAAGGGGCGGGGCUUCGCGUCCCGACACCCGUUAUUUUGUCACUUGGGGAGUUUAGGAGGUGUAGGCUCACUCCCGGGGAGUGCUGUGCUUGCAGUGCUGGCUCCUACAGAGUGACAGGAGCCGAGUGCUACACAUAAUGUAACAGUGCAGCACCCAGCUCCUGUCUCUAAGCAGGAGCUGGCAUUUUGGUGUCACCCCUCGGCGGGUGACACCCGGGAGCGGGCCGCACCCCCCGCACCCCCCUUGUGACGCCACUGGGUUGAGUCUCCCUUAUCCAAAAUGCUUGGGACCAGAGGUAUUUUGGAUAUGGGAUUUUUCCGUAUUUUGGAAUAAUUGCAUACCAUAAUGACAUAUCAUGGUGAUGGGACCUAAAUCUAAGCACAGAAUGCAUUUAUGUUUCAUAUACACCUUAUACACACAGCCUGAAGGUAAUUUUAGCCAAUAUUUUUUAUAACUUUGUGCAUUAAACAAAGUGUGUGUACAUUCACACAAUUCAUUUAUGUUUCAUAUACACCUUAUACACACAGCCUGAAGGUCAUUUAAUACAAUAUUUUUAAUAACAUUGUGUAUUAAACAAAGUUUGUGUACACUGAGCCAUCAGAAAACAAAGGUUUCACUAUCUCACUCUCACUCAAAAAAGUCCGUAUUUCGGAAUAUUCCGUAUUUCGGAAUAUUUGGAUAUGGGAUACUCAACCUGUACUAACAUUUUAUAUUUUUUGCAAUGAAUUAGUGCCUUUUUGUAUUUGAGAAUAAAUGUUAUGGGGUUUUUUUUAAAGUGGGGUAUUGCUUGA